CUCUUGCGCCAGUAUCGAAAGAGAAGUGGAGUCGUAGGCUAGUUUCUGCGAUAAUACAUAGCACUGCAUAGCACCCACUUGUCGGCUUGCUGAUAGCGUGGCAAGUACAGUUCUAUACUCUGUCCUCCACGCAAGUCAUAUCCUGCGGACUGUUUCGUAAUUAGUAAAGACACCAGUUAUCCGCAACCGUCGUACUGCCUAACAUUCGAUAAUUAAAGUUUGGUGUGACAGCUUGUCCUUUAAUUAACACUCACAUGACAGAAGAAAUUCACAGAUUUCGAUAAACUACAUUACACAAUGUUCAUAGUAUAUUUAAAAUGAUCUAAGGGUUACAUUAAUCUCUUUCUCACUAAUCACUAUGGACAUCACAGUAAAAGAUCCAGGUAGAGGAAACAGAUGGGUUUGUCCAAAUGAUCGUCAUUUAGCAUUGAGAGCAAAAUUGCGCAUAGGAUGGUCUGUGAAGACUGGUGCUCUAGAUUCAAAAUGGGGUAAUUAUUCAAAUUCUUACACUGCUGGUUCAAAUCGUUGUGCACAAUCAUUUGUAUUGUCUGAAGAAGAGCAACAAGCAAUCAUAGAGGUCAUUCAAAGAGCUGAAGCCCUAGAUUUAUCCGAACAAGAACGAAUUGGUAGAUUAGUAGAGAGACUAGAAAACAUGAAACGUAAUGUUUGUAUUGUCACUGGAACAAGAAUGAAUGAGAGAAGAAACUGUAGUAGCCGUUGUUCUAACAGUGCGCAUUGCGUAUGUUCCUGUGCUCUAUGUGGUGAAAAAUUUGGAGCCGUACUGGGUGCAACACCAAAUCUUUGCAAGGACUGUCGUAAAUACAUAUGUCAAAAAUGUGGUAUAGAAACUACUGAACUUAAUUCGGCAUUUCCAAGUACAGUUUCAACAAAAAGUGUGCUAGAUAGAACAACUAUGCAACGAAUUGUCAGACGUUCAAAUAACAGUCAAAGACAAUUUCUUUGUCGUAUAUGCGCAGAGACCAGAGAAAUGUGGAAAAAAAGCGGUGCUUGGUUUCUUAAAGGCAUGCCAAAGUACAUUUUGCCCGAGAAAAAGGAACGUGGAUGGUCGCGAAUUGGUCACAAGCAGAUGUCUUGGACUGUUGGAGGAAACAAAUCUCUGGAAUUAACAGAACCUCAUGAUUCCUCUUCGGAUGAAGAAGUAACGCGACUUUCGCCAUUUUCGAAUUCUGCUCAAUCAACUAGCAGUGUAUCUAAAAUAUCACCGGGACAGCGAUCCAACGACUUAUCACCGUUGAAUAAUCGUGAAGAAUGCUUAGAUCAAUUAGAUAGGUCUACUCUUUCAAUUACAUCUCAAUGUAGUCGUAUUUCACCAACUUCUUCAGUUGCGAGUUCACGAUUGCGAACGAAUGGUAAAGCCACUAAUGAUCCCCAAUUUGAACAACGUGUGUCUUUCGAGGAUGAAAUCAUCACUGAAAAAGUUAAAAAAUCCGACAAUCCCAGCGAUAUAAAUAACGAUACUCGUAGAAUAGAGUUUAACUCAUACAAUCAAUUAAAAAACUCUCAGGUACAAUCUCUCAGAUUGAAUUCGUCAACGGUUCCAAUGAAACUGGGAACGACAAUCAUUCCAACGGAACAAGUACUAGAACAGUUUCAAAUCAAAGAGAAAUACAUGGGCCAGCACGCAAGUCAAUUUUACUUAGAAAAAGAGAACCCGCACAGCAACAAUCAAAUCGACUCGUCACACCUACAAAUGUUGGAGCACGGAGUGGAGGAAAAUUAUGGAACUCUAGAAAUCUCCUUGCAAUACGACCCAGCGGAUCAGUGCCUCCAGUGCAAGGUGGAACGAGCACGAGGCUUACGACCAAUGGAUAUUCAUGGUCUCGCCGAUCCGUUCUGCAAACUGAACAUAUUACCAAUAGAUCCAGUAGCGAAUACGGAACGUCUUCGAACAAAGACAGUCCACAAAACACGGAAUCCGGAAUUCAACGAGACACUAAACUUUUAUGGAACGACGGAAACAGACAUAUGGAAUGGCAAAGCACUUCACAUCCUGAUACUCCAGGACGAUCCAGCAGGUCAAGACUUUCUAGGAGAAGCGAGGUUUCCCCUGCACGAGUUACAACCCCGUCAAACCAAACAUUAUAAUGUCCCAUUACAAGAUUAUUAUCCAGUGAACAAUGAAGAAGCUGCAUGGGGUGUGUUUUCCAGUGGACGGGGAAAGAUUGAAGUGGCUCUAAGUUACUGUACAAGACGUAGAGCAUUGAUGGUUAUGGUUCAACAAGCUGCAAAUCUACUUCCAAUGGAUAGUAAUGGAUUUUCUGACCCAUUUGUCAAGUUGUGCCUUAUAGAAAAUGUGACAAACAAUCAAAAACAACGUGUCUUUGACUAUUCAAUUGCACGUAUCACAGGCAGAAAGCUCAUGUCAAAGAAAAUCAUAGGUCGUAAUUCUCAGAACACAACAAUCAAGUGGAAAACUUUAAAUCCCAAAUGGAAUGAAGAAUUUAUUUUUACUAUGCGGUUGACAGAUCUUACAAAACUUGCAUUAUACAUUACAGUGUGGGACAAGGACUUUGGCAAGAAUAACGACUAUCUUGGUGGACUUGAAUUAAGUUCUAACAGCAAAGGAGCCCGACUAAAACAUUGGAUAGAUACAAUUAAAUUUCCAGAUCAUCAGCACCAAGCUUGGCACAACUUAACAGAUACUGUUUUUCCCACAGAAUAAUAAUUUAUACUUCCUCUUUUGAAUACAUUAUUUAAAAUAUUUUAAUAAGGUUACUAGUUGAUACACGUUACCAUAUACAAAAUAUAAUUUAUUUACACUUGAUCUGUAUUAUUGCUCAAAGUGUAUUACCACAAAAAACUAAUACAAUAAUAAAGACAUUACAUUAAAUAA